AACAACAAUAAAACCCCAUCAAUAUUUCAAAUAACAAGUGUCAAAAAGGAAUACAGUAAAAACCCUCUUUUGUUCUCUUGUGCAUCUACACUUUGACUCUUACUUUUUUUUUUCUCUCUCUCUCAUUUUUCUUUCAUUUACAAGUAAACAAGACAAAAAAAAAAAAAAAAAAAAAAAAAAAAAAAGGAAAACAGAGCAGUCCCUCUCCUUGUGUUGCACAGACGGGCCGCGCGACUUGCCUUCCGUUAUUUUUUGCGCUUUUCCUGUGAAUUCGUCGUUUCUCCCCGUCAAUUCGUCGUCUUCUCUGUUAAUUCAUCUACUUCUUUUUUAGUUCGUCGUUUUUUUCUGUGAAUUCGUCGUUUUUCACUGUCAAUUCGUGGUUUCCCCUGUCAAUUCGUCCUUUUCCCUGUCAGUUAGUCUUCUUACCUGUUAAUUCCUCGUUUCCCCCCUGAAUCCGUCAUUUGUCCAGUCAGUUCAUCAUCUUCCCCGUCAAUCCACAGUUUUCCCUGUCAGUCCGAGGUUUCCCCAGUGAAUGGUCGUCCAGGGCAGCGAUGUCGACCCAGCCCCAUCCAGGCGAGGCUGCGAGGAAAGAGACGCGAGGGAGGAAGCCCAUACCCAUGUCCCUUAAGCUGGAAAUGAUUGCCAAAUACGAGAACGGGGUGAAGCUGCGUGACAUUGCUAAGGAGACGGGGAAGGCCACCUCGACCAUCAGGGUGGUGGUCAAGGACCGGGAAGGCAUCAAGGAGGCUGCCAGGAGGUCGCGCGCCAGGCCUGAGAUGGAGAGGCGCCUGGCUCGCUGGAUGCACGGUACGCAGAAGCAGCAGCAGGAGCUGAGCUUCACGGAUAUCCAAGUGAAGGCCCUUUCUCUCUACAGGGAUAUCGAAAGGAGGUCUGGGACUCGGCACGGAAGCCUCAAGGCUAACAGAGCGUGGCUCCGGCAGUUCAAGAAGAGCUUGCCCACGUAUCGCAGUAAGUUUAAGGGCGAGGCUUUUCAGCAAAAGCUCACCGAGAUCAUCGAGAGGGAAGCUUACCUGCCAGAACAGAUCUUUAAUGUUGAUGAGACUGACCUCUUCUGGAGGCAGAUGCCUGCUGAAAUGGACCUUAGCGAGGAUGAAAUGUGUCUCCCAGGUUCUUUGGUUGGAGAAGAUCGCAUCUUGCUGAUGUUUGGUGGUAACGCAAGCGGGGAUCUGAAGCUUAAACCCUUGGUCGUGUACCAUUCUGAUAGGCCUGGUACUGUUACGGACCAGACCUGUGAAAACUCAGUCAUCUGGAGGACUAACAGGAAAGUGUUGAUGACUUCGACCAUCUGCACAGACUGGUACGUCAACCACUUCAUCCCGUCAGUUGGAGACUACUGCAAAGAAAAGGGCAUUCCUUUCAAAAUCCUCCUAAUUAUGACCAGCGCAGGAGGACAUCCGCAUAGCCUUGAUUACUUCCAUCCUCACGUAAAGGUUCUCUACUUCCCCCCCCAAACGGCUCGGGUCAUACAGCCAGUGAGUCACGGCAUACGGCAGAUGUUUAGGGCCCUUUACUAUCAGCAUUCUUAUGAGCAGGCCCUCAAGGCAAAACAGAGCGAGGGUGGAACUACUCUUCGAGAUUUCUGGAAGUCGUACAACAUUCUCGACUGCAUGGAUCACGUUACUACGGCUUGGGAAAAAGUGACCUCCAAGUGUAUGAACGUUGCCUGGCAUAAGUUGUGCCCUCAGUUCGUGUCAGAUUUUGGUGGCCUGACUGAAAUAGAAGAAGCAGAAAGAAAAUGUAGAGAGAUCGUUGACGCAGUAGAAUUUGCUACGAAGAAAGAAAAUUUUGAAAAAUUGCCUGAAACUUGCACAGAGGAGAAGCUUCCUGAAAAGAAUGAUAAAGCAGAGGAGGAGGAGGGGGCUAAGCACGGAGAACAGACAUCCGAGUCUUCACGGUUACCUCAGGAGAGGUUGCAGAAAUGGAUUAUUGCUCUAAAAUUGCCCCAGAGGUCGCCUAUACAACGCCCUCAGCUGUGUUCCACUCACUUUACCGACGAGGGCUUAGACAGAACUGGAGAGACUGUUCAACUGAGAAAUCCUGCAGUACCCACUUUAUUUGCCUUUUCAGGGGACCAUCAGAAUAAGAGCGACAACUACAUGGAUGAGGAUACCAACAGCGCAUCACACGAUCAGGAUGGAAGCUUUGACGAGAUCAGCAUAAAGGAAGAAAAUGACAUGGACGACUUUAGCGUCUUUGUGAACGAAGAAGACCAGAAGGGCAAAGAAAAGGGUGAACUUUACGAUUCUGCAAUAGGGAAAUUAAUCAGAUUCCAUCACAAACAAGAAGAAGAGCUUGAUCCUCUGGGGGAAUUCCAGUGUCCGCAGGAAGAUGGCAAUUCCAACCAAGAUCUUAACACUACUUCAGGAAAAAGAGCCUGGAAUCAUGAAGAGACAAUGAAGCUGUUGGAGAUAUACAAAAGUAAGCUUCCGCAAAUUAAGAGUGGCACGAUUCUCACAUCGACGUUGUGGCAGGAGAUAGAAAAGGAGAUGCAGGCCUGUGGGUAUCCCUACGACAGGAAAGCAUGUAGCAAAAAAGUGAAGAGAUUGAAAGUCAGUUACAGGGUCAUCCAGAAAAACUGUAAAAAGACACUGAAAACGUGGAAGUAUUUUGAACCCGUGGAUGAGAUUUUUGGGGAUUCUGUCAAUCUGGAAAAAGCAGCAAACCCAGCUGAUCCUGAAACCGAACAACCGUCAACCUCAGCAACUUGCGUACUAUCUGGCACAUCAGCAGAGAGCCCGUCGACGCCAGCACCCAUUCUGACACCUGUAUCUGAGAGGACAGUAUCUUGCCCACCAUCUCCAGUGUAUAAAACUACCUCGCCGUCUCCAUCUCCCGAGCCAACCCCAGUUGCAGCUCAGCCUCCAACGGAAGAGACUGGAGCACUGGAUCCUGCAACAGUGCCAGUUAGCAGUAAUAAGAGGAAGAGGACAGAAGACCCUACAAAUGUUCUUGGUGAAUUUCUUAGUGACCAGGCUUCCAGACUGGAAAAAUUGGUCAACAUUGCUGAGAGAAGGAACCAGAUAAUGGAAAAAUGUAUGAACCAAAUGUUACAGAAUCAACAGAUGCAACUACAACAGGUACAAAUGCUUCAGCAACAGCAGGAUAUUUUGCAACAGCAACAGGAACAAAGGCAGAGAGCACAGGAAAGACUACAAGAACAGCAGAAACAACAGUAUCAGGAAAUGUUAAAUUUGCAAAGACAGCAGUUCUUGAUAAUGAGACAGCAAUUAAAAGAUAUUAAAGAAGUGAGUCAGUAAAGAAAUAUUAUUACGAAUUUAAAUAUGUUACCUUCCUUCAGAAACAAUGGAAAUAUAUCAUAUAUUUUUGUAUAUCUGAUGUUUAUCUUUAUUUUGAAAUAAAGGUUCAGUACAAGUGUUUUUUUCCUCAUUUUAUAUUACUGUGAUGUAAAUAUUGGCCAUACCAUGGUAAUAACUACAGGGAAGUUAUACAAUUUCAUGGGAUAUCAAAUUUAUUGUCCUGUUUUAUAUAUAAAAAAUAUGUACAGUAUAUACAAAUUUAGCAUUAGGUUUUACCCGUGCACAGAGACUUAAAUUGUAACAAAUUCUCCUGCAAAUAAAGGUAUCAGUGUUCAAAUAAC